GUAAUAAUAUUUGAGCGAUGAGACUUAACUUCGCCUACCCAGCCACCGGGCUCCAAAAGUCGUUCGAGGUCGAUGAGGAGAAGAAGCUUCGCCUCUUCUUCGAGAAGCGCAUGUCCCAGGAGGUCGCCAUCGAUGCUCUCGGUGACGAGUGGAAGGGAUAUGUCGUCAGAAUCGGAGGAGGAAACGACAAGCAGGGAUUCCCAAUGAAGCAAGGAAUUCUCACCAACGGACGUGUUCGUCUUCUCUUGAAGAAGGGACAAUCCUGCUACCGUGAGCGCAAGAACGGAGAGCGCAAGAGAAAGUCCGUCCGUGGAUGCAUCGUCGACGCCAACAUGUCCGCUCUUUCCCUCGUCAUCGUGAAGAAGGGAGAUGGAGAGAUCGAAGGACUCACCGACUCCGUUCUCCCACGCAAGCUCGGACCAAAGAGAGCCUCCAAGAUCCGCAAGCUCUUCAACUUGACCAAGCACGACGAUGUCACCAAAUACGUCAUCACCCACGACAAGACCUUCCCAGAUGGAGUCACCAAGACCAUCGCACCAAAGAUCCAGCGUCUCAUCACCCCAGCUCGUAUCGCCAGAAAGAAGUACCUUCUCCGCCAGAAGCGCAACCAGAAGAUCAAGAUGCGCGAUGACGCCGCUGCCUACCACAAGCUCCUCGCCAAGUACUCCAAGGAAGAGCACGACGCCAAGAUCGCCCGCAGACGCUCUUCGGCUUCCCAUCACUCCGAGUCCGAGGUCAAGAAGACCAGCAAGAAGUAAAUACUGCUGCUCGUUAUUGUUUCCUAAUGAAAUUGUUGUUAAACUUAAAUCUUUUUUU